CAAUGAAAAGCCAUUUGGCAGGAGAAAGAAAGUUAGAGAACGUUACAGAGAAGGCAGCUCUUUCUUUACAGACCAGAAAAGAAAACUCAAACAACUGCAAAAAUGAUUAAGAAAUGAAGAAAUGAAAUGUAACAAAGGGCAAUUGUACUGUACACUCGGAGAGACAUGUCAUUCUGAAGUUUGGAAGUGAUCAACAGACUGCAGCGUGGGAUCACCAGAGAAAUGGAUGUCCAAACUCCAACAGCAUGAAAAGAAUCAGGUGUGUGAAUAUAAAAAGUGAGGGAUUACAAGAAAGGAAAAACUCAAACAUUCGUGCAACUUGAUGCUGAAUACAGCAAGACGGGGAUGAGUUCAUUUCUCACCUCAAUUGCUGAAUGAAGUUUGCACUUUCUCUCCUUUUUCCAAGUGGACCUUCACCAUGCGCUUUGAUUUCCUCCCACAUCCCAGAGGUGCCUGUGUUAGAGUGAUUGGUGACCUGAUAUAGUCUCCCUCUGAGUCUUCCACAGGAAGGACUAUGUCAUCUCUGCAGAGUCUAAAGAUACUGGUGGCCUUGGCUUCACUUCUAAAUCUAGGAAAAAGUCCAUCUUCUUCUGAACCUCGAAACCUUGCCUGCAUGACAAAUCUGACAGAACCCAGGACACUUUCCUGCUGGUGGGACCUGGACAGCAACAUGUUUAUUCCAAUAGACAUAGUCCUGCAUGCUUCACUAUGUAAUGGAAAAUGCAGACCCUCAUGCUCUGAGAAGGAACGUAUCUGCAUUCCAGAAAUAGGAGCCAACAAGUGCACAUUUCCACGUGCAGACUUUCGUUUGGGUUCUGAAAUUAAUAUUUACAUCACUGUGAACAAUACUCUAGGACGUCAAACUUCAGAAAGUCUGUGUCUUGAUCCCUUGGAUGCUGUAAAAUUAGAUCCACCAGUCAUCCACUCAGUUGAAACCGACACUGGGCUUGGUAAUUGUUUGAACCUCCACUGGAUGAUUCCAGAAUUCCUGCAUUGGCUGGACGACUUAAGAGGUGAAGUUCGCUACAUGACCGAAGGUGGACAAACAUGGCAAAUGAGAGAGGUUAAGAGUGUCAUUGUGCAUGUGGCUGUUAAGCUGUGCGGACUUGCACCCAGUACCACAUAUCGACUGCAGAUGCGUCUCAAAUCAUCCUCUGAAUAUUGGAGCGAAUGGAGCAAUGAAAAAACUGGAAACACCUUGAUAAGGCCUCCCACUGGAAAGCUCAAUUACUGGUUCAAGGAGGAAAAUGAAAGAAAUGGUCAAAUACAGCUAUUCUGGAAGCCUCCUCCAGGAAUUGAAGCAGAAAACAAGCACUUCUCCUACAGAGUAUACUUUAAACCUUCAAGAGGAAGUGAGCAAUCAGAGACCAUUAUCUGCAACACAUCUUAUCUGAAUUGCUCUUUUGACCGAAAAAAUAAGCCUAAUAAAGUGUAUAUCAUAGCCUCCAAUUCAGCAGGGAGCACAGCUGCCACCGAAGUCAACCUUGAUAAAAGAAGAGAUCUGGAACCGACAGAAAGCAUCAGCAUCUCAAUCAAUGAACAACACGGCCUGAAGGUUAAUUGGGCUUCCCCCAAGUCAUUUCCUGUAACUGGUUAUGUCAUUGAAUGGUGGAUAAUGUCUAAAAAAUUUCCUGCCACCAACAAUUUCAAACUAGUGGGCCCCAAUGUCACAGAGCUGGAUAUAACCGGAAAUCUGGAACCAUUUAAACUUUACCGUGUUGCAGUUUAUCCUCAAUACAUUGAAGGUUAUGGAUGUCCUCAGUUUGUGGAUGCUUACUUCAAACAAAGAGCCCCGUCGAUAGCCCCUGCUUUAAAAGUGGGUGAAAUUGGGAAAUCUCAUGCAGAACUAAUCUGGGAAGAAAUACCACUUGAUGACCGGAAUGGUUUUAUCCAGACCUAUACCAUAUUCUACCGGGCAGAAAACGGCAAAUGGUCACAUGUGAAUGUUGAUGGUUCCAAAAGGAGUCUGAUCCUUAAGAAUCUGAACAGUUCCUCAGUAUACCAGGUUUUCAUAAUGGCAAGCACAGUUGAAGGAAGCAUUAAUGGGACCAUAAAAUCAAUAAACACAAAUAUUCUUGAUCAUGGCAGCAUUUUGAUCACAAUUAUACCUGUGUGCAUUGCAGUUGUACUGCUCCUUAUAAUUGCAGCAUCGGCUUGCCUUAUAAAUCACAGACAGUUAAAACUGAGUUUUUGGCCUACUGUACCAGAUCCAGCAAACAGCAACAUUUCCAAAUGGACCCCUACUGAAGAGAGGGUUGACACUAACCAGACUAAACUGCAAGAUAACAAUUCUAUGAAUUUAUCAAAACUAAGCUUCUUAGAUGUUUCUACGAAAGCGACUGAAGGCAUAGUACAAGACAGACCUCUCCAGUCUGAGAGCCAUGGCUGUGGUCAAGAUGAAAUGAUAAUGAACAACGCUUUUAAAGUUACAAGUCUGGAUUCCGAUAACAACUCUGGUGUGAUACAAUAUGCAACAGUAAUCUUCAGUGGGUACAAAGGACAGAACGCCUUCCAACCUUCCUACAUGAGAAGUGACUCAACACAGCCACUGCUGCAAGAUGUGCCGACAAGCCCAAAUCAUUAUGAAAACAUGUGGUUCCAUGACACCAGAGAAGUAUCUGCCUUCACCACCUGUACAGAUGAACGAAACUCACUGACAGAUCCUGAGCUAACUUGGGAAGACUUUCCACUUCUCCGAGGCCUCACAACUAAAGAAUAUGGCCAAGAGAGUAUAUGUUAACAAAAUUCUAAAGAAUGUUGCACUUGUAAAUGGUGCUACUGUUUAGCUGUGAAUUAUCUGAAAGGUAAAUUAAUGGAACACAUUCUAAGGUGGGAUAGCUUACUGCCAGUCCCUGCAAAACCCAGGCAAAUUCUCAAUUUUUGCUAUAAAUAUAAUUAAUCAUACAGAAUAAAGGACGUUUUUACUGUAGGCUCAUAUGGAAGAGAACAGUUAUGAAAUACAGCAACACUAGGUGAACAUUUUUACUUUUAUAAAAAAUAUAUAUAUAUAUUGGUGCAUGAAUUAAGAUUACUAAAAUGGGAAAAAAGUGUAGAAAAAAGGAAAACAUUUUACCAGAUUUGUCUUGACUAACUGUACUAUAUGAGACUUUCCCAUAUUUAAGUCAUUAAGCAGGAUGAUUUUCAUUAAAAGCACUUUUUCUACUUUAAUAUUCCCAGUAACAUUCCUACUUAAUUUAACUGUAGUAAGUGAUUAUCGAUGCCUGAUUUUUAGAAUUGGCACCUUGGUGUAGUGGGUAACAUUGCUCCCUCAGGGAUCCAGUGUUCGGAGUUCACAUUUAACACCUAGACAUUCUCCAUAUGGUGUUGCAUGUUCUUUCUGUGUCUGGGUGAGAUUUAGUUUGGUUUACCUCCGACAUGCAAAAGGUGUGUGUGUUAAGUUAAUUGACAAAUUCAAAGUGGCCUAUGUUUGUAAGUAGGCCCUGCAAUGGGCUGCCACUCUGUCCAGAGUCGUUUCAUAUCUUGUUCCCAGCGUGUCUGGAAUAUGCUCUGAAAUCCAGUAAUGCUACAUUGGAUUAAGCCAGUUUAAGCAUGAGACAACUUCCCAUUUUCAACACACAUUUCAUCAAAGACUAUGAAAUUGUCGACAUGAGCCACAUGUCACAACACAUAUGCAUAAAACAACUUCCCAUCAAGGGAGAGAAUAGUGUAAUGGUAAAUAACUAUGACAAAGUUUUUACUGAACAUUUUUGUCAGUGGUUGUGAUUUGAAAAGCAACAGGAAAUGGAAUUGAGUCUAGAAUAUCUCUAUUUAAGUAAGGUAUGUUUUUUAAACUGCAUGGGUUUAUGCCCCAUUUGCUCCAUUUUAUAGCCUCUAUUUUCCACUUGUAAAAGUGGCUGGAAAUGGGGAACCCAAGAGCUCUGUGCAAUUUCUGUGCAAAUUUCAUGGCUGUUUACCUGGGAUGAGACUUUCCAUAUGUGAGCACUAGCCUACAGGGAAAACACUAGGUCAUUCUGAAAGGUGUCAAAAAACAAAUCCUACUAACUUCCUUGGAUGGUUAACUUGGAAUUUUCCUAGGUUCUCAACAUGAUUGAUUAAUGAUUAAGGAUGGAUAACCUGGCACCUGGGUUUGGACUGUGGGUCUAAAAUAAAACAUUUAAAUAUAGUAAGAGCAUAAAUGUGUCUCUUUCAUUCACAUCAAAGACCUCCAUAUGCAUUUUUUAAAUUUAAGACAAGAGUAACUCUGUCCAGCAGGGAGUAUUAGCUGGAGACUUCACUCUGGAAUGGUAAGUCAGCUUAUAGUACCACCUCAAAUCAACAAAAAAACCAGCAACAACAAAUAUCAAUGACCGCACAAACAAUAAGUUUAUACUUAGGUUACCUAAAAGAGUCUUUCAGCAUUAAAAUCCACAGUCAGGUUCUUCCAGGAGAACCCCGCUAAACAUGGACAGACAAAAAUGCAGCAUUUAAGUGACAUGCUUUUGGUGCUAUUAUCUUCUCCAGAUGCAGAAGUCUGGAUGGUAGAAGGUUAUGGAUGGCCAGAUAUUCAAAAGACUUAGGAAAGAGAAGUCAACAGAUGUGGUGCUUCACCAUGUCUGGGGUUUAGCAGUUGUAGGGUCUCAAAUGCCAAGGUGUAGUAAUACUUUUUAGUUAAGAUGACAAUCUUUUGUUACAACAAAAUAUUCAGUGUUUAACUAGGAGCUUCACCCCCCUUAUCUGCUAGAAACAAAUAACUUCUUAGUGUUUCCCUUGGCAGAGCCCAAGAAAUAACUCUUCUCAAAGUCAGUGAGUUUCAAAGGUUUUCCUCUACACUCAAAGACUGAUAAAUCAUUAUAAAUAAAACAAAAAGUAGGAAUGUAUAAUAAGAAAGAAGAAUAAGGUAUUCAUAAUAAAUAAUAAAGAACAUAAGCAAUUAUAAUAACAUAUUAUAGUACUGACCCCAUGACCCUGUAGUUAGGAUAUAGUGGGUUGGAUAAUGGAUGGAUGGAUGGCUAUUAUAGUAAUGAUAAUAGUAAAUAGUAUUGUAUAUAUUGUACAUGAAAAAAUAAUAUUCAUAAGCAGGUUAUAUGAGCACAAAGCUUAUUUAAUACACAGAUCACAAUAAUGCAUUGCAUUGGAUAUUGGUUGAGGAUGAUCACUGUUUUUGUCUGAGGCAUUACAUUUAUCAGUAAAUGAAUCAACACAGUUAAGAAAAUGCUUCUUUUCAAUGUAUACUUUUAAAAAAUAUUAUUAUCUACUGGGACAGAUGACCAUUUUGAUUAUAUGGACUUGUAAUAAAAACUUACCAGCACUUACUGUAUACACACAUUGCCUGUACAACAAAAUACAUAAAAUACUUCAAUAAGUUUCUCUUUGUUUCUCAUAGAAAGCCAUUAAAUAUCAAAAUUAAUUUUACAUACAACAUACACAUAUCUGAUUCUCUCUUGUGGCUGCGUAAGUCUUGUAAAUUGCUCAUUUUUUCUCAUGAACCAUUUCAGCAGUUCAAAAUUUACUUAGUUAAUAUUUACUCUUGUUACAAUUUGUAAAUGUAUUUAGCAGGGUAGCAAAGUGGUGCAGUGGCUAAUGGCACUGCCGGAUUCACGUCUCAGUUCAAUUAUGCUCUGAAAGAAUUUUUGUAUGAAUAUUCUAAUUUCUAAACAACAUUCGCAAGAUAUUUCUGUUAGACUAUAGUUACUCUUAAUUAGCCUACUAUAAGUGUGUGUUGUGUGUGGGGUGUGUAUGGAUGUGUGUGUGCACGUAGGUAUAAUCUGUAAAGAAAUUCCACCCCAGUUUUUUAUUUGGUUCCUAACGUAUGGCCAAUGCUGCCACAAUACUCCCCUGUUCCAGGCAAUGUUAAGAUUGCAUUAAAUGUGUUCAAAAGUAAGAAACUACUGUACAUUAUGUCCUUUGGACUGCAUACUAUCAAUUGACUUGCUAUUUCCUUCAUUGGAAACCCAGUUUGCCCUCCUGUCAGUAUAUUUCUUAAAACAAUUUAGAUUUAAAAAAGAGGAAAAAUGUAAAUAUAAUGCAAACUUUUGGAGCAUUUUAAAUAGAGUGGUAUUGAAAAUGGAUAUCAAUGGGUGAGACUUUUUUGCCAGGAAAUCUAACCAUAUAUUGAAAAUUAACAUAAUACAGUUUGAACUAUCAGUACAAGCCUUGCUGAAUAUUUUAAUGAGACUGUACAUCAGAAAUGGUUAACUUCCCUAUUAAAACAAUGCAAUUCUUAAUAUUUGCUUCAAUUGUUUGCUGUAUUAUUUUACUUGUGCUUCAUUGUGAAUUAUUGUGAAUUCCUCUAUGGGGCAGGAAUAAAAACUCAAGGAGUUAUUAUACACUGUAUAUUGUUUGCUUCAAUAAUUAUGUUCCAUUAAUUAAUGUUGCAUUUUAUUUAGUAAUAAUGGCAUUGCAUUGUGAUGCUUUUAUUCUAAGUUGCAAAUUAAACAGGCUUUUAUGGAAACAGUAAAUCUGCUUGCCAUCUGUUGUGUAAAAAAACCUGGCACAUGUCAACUAAAUUACUCGGUUCUCAUGUAGAAGUCUGGCAAGCUUUUUAUUUUCUGUGAAUAGUGUGUUUUGUAAUAUAUGCAAUAAAUUCAAUAUCAUUUUAAAUACA